UCAAGAUGGAUGGAUCAGCUGCACCUAAACUGCACGUUGCUUCUCUCCCUUGUCACCUAUAAAUCUAUCAGCUUAGCACCGCCAUCUUAUCAUAAGUUCAUCCACAUGCCAACCACUACAACACCUAGCUGAGUACCACCACCUGAUACAAAGUCUCUGAACUUUGAGCCAACAAAGAGAAGCAUCCAUGGUUAGCGCCAAGAGGCUUGCUCAGCUGGCAAAGAAGUGGCAGAGGAUGGCGGCUAUGGGGAGGAAGAGGAUCAUCGAAAAGAGCCACCGACUCACCGAGGAGUGUUGCGCGACCACCUCAGUAGCGGCAAAGGGGCACUGUGUGGUAUACACCUCUGAAGGGGUCCGGUUCGAGGUGCCACUGGCGUACCUCAGCACCGCAGUCUUCGGCGAGCUCCUGAGGAUGUCUCAGGAGGAGUUCGGGUUCGCGGGUGGAGACGAUAGCCGGAUCAUGCUGCCCUGCAACGCUGCCGUCAUGGAGUAUGCCACGUGCUUGCUUAGGAGAAAUGCGUCCGCAGAAGUUGUGAGGGCAUUCCUGAGCUCCAUAGCAAGACCGUGCCGCUUUGACAGUGGCAUGAUGGCGUCAUCUGUAGAGCUUAGCCAGCAUAUAGCUGAAGAACAAGAUCACGAACCAACCAUGGUCAGCGCCAAAAGACUUCCUCAAUUGGCAAAGAAGUGGCAAAGGAUGGCAUCACUUAGGGGGAAGAGGCUGACUGCAACAGCCAAAGAAGAUGAAGAGUGUUGCACCUCUUCAGCGGUCAAGGGACACUGCAUCGUGUACACAACCAAUGGGAGGCGCUUCGAGGUACCAUUGGUGUAUCUCAGCACGAUGAUCUUCGGUUAG